UUUGUCAGUACUUAGUAGUAUUUUGCUUCUUGAAAGGUUGCUUUCUGAAGACUAUAGUAGUAUUUUUAUGAAAAUUGCCUUAUACUCGAUUAUUACGAAGUUGCUAGUGUUUAUAGCUCAGAGUCACGAAAUAAUGCGCUAUUUCGUGAAUCAGCUGUGGUUGUAGAAGUGUCAUAACUUCAUUCCAAACUGUAUAGUUUAUAUAUGUUGUUGGAAAUGUUGAUGUAGGUAGCGGGUUCUGGUGCGAAGAGUGAAAUACACAUGUUCUAAAUAGUUUACCGAUGGAUUUUUCUGGUGAUCCAACAGGCAGCGAAAAUACUGCCUUUGAGAUAGAUGAACAGUUGCGCAAACUGACAGUUAAUAGUGACAAUAGCUUUACAUUUACCGAAACUCAGACACGCGAAGUGCUGCACGUAACACACAAUGAAAUCGUUUCAGAGUGCUUCAGUGAUGCUCUUUCAGAACAAGCAGAUACUGUUGACGGCGCCAAUUUCAGUACGUUGUCAACAUGGGAAUGCGUACCUCCUGAGUCGAAGAAUCUGGACAGAGUUGUGGACGUUCUCUCGCCGGAAGAAGUUAGGUGGUUUUAUAAAAGUGAAACUGAAAAGCGAUGGCUGGAGUUUAGUGGAUAUGAUUCUUUGCGAAUAGAAUAUAAAUAUCAGGAUGUGUUUCAUAAGUGGCAUAGUGCUCAUUACCCAGAAGACAAGGAAAAUGAGACAGAAGAGUCCAACGAUACCGGUUGUGCCUUAUUUUCAGAAAACGAUAGCUUUAAACAUGACGAUUCAAGCAACAGUUUCGGCAAAGCCGAUUCAAGCUUUACAACAGACUCUGAGCAUAAAAUCGUCGUCCGUGGUGGAUUAUAUGAAGUAGAUCUCCAUGCUUGGAAGUGCAAUUCCAUUUAUUGGCCAGGUGAAGAAUGUGCUAUCACCCGUGGGACCUGGUUCUAUGCAACAUGGCAACCCUUGGAAGCUGACCACUGUGAUCAACUAGAAGCUGUUCAUUUAAGUCUUUUCAUCGGGAAGAAGCUCCUCGACUUGCUGCCAGAUCCUACUUGCAACACUGCUCGUCCUGCUCUGCAUACGGAGCCUUUUGCAGAAUUUCAAGUGGACUGGUACUCACCAUCAGAAGUUUACCUUUAUAGUGAAGCCGCGCCUUCCAAACUUAUGCGUAGUGUCACUCAGAGGCUUGGAUUUCAGAAAUCUACAGGAUAUCGUCUAUACCGAGGAUAUAAGAGUCUUGCCACGGAGUCUGAUCGACCAAGUGACAUAAGCCACCUUGUUUUUGUCAUUCAUGGAAUUGGACAAAAGAUGGACACUGGUCGCAUUAUACGAAAUACAUCAACGUUUCGUGGCUGUGUUGAUUGGAUCAAAGAAAAGUAUUUCAACAACACUAAAUGCCGUGCAGAAUUUUUCCCUGUAGAAUGGCGAUCCUCUCUGAAGCUUGAUGGUGACAUUGUGGAUUCAAUCACACCACACAAACUUGUAGGUUUACGACAGAUGCUGAACUCAAGUGCGAUGGACAUCAUGUAUUACACUAGCCCACUUUAUGGAAAUGAGGUUCAGCAGGGUCUAACACAGGAGCUUAACCGCCUUUACUCCAUGUUUUCACAAAGAAAUCCAUACUUUGAAAAGAAUGGUGGCAAGGUUUCUGUAAUGGCACACUCUCUUGGCUGUGUCAUAGUAUAUGAUAUAGUAACAGGGUGGAAGAUAUCAGCAAAUGGUCCCACGGAACUGCCCGAGAAUGGUUGUGGUAAAUCUGCUCUCUUGUUUCAGAUUGAUAACUUGUUCUGCUUGGGGUCACCACUUUCUGUGUUUCUUGCGCUGAGAUUUCGUGAACCGGAAGACCAUGUUCUUCCCCCUUCUCUUUGCCGACGUCUCUACAAUAUUUUCCACCCAUCUGAUCCUGUUGCUUACAGAAUGGAGCCACUGUUAGUCCGCGAGUACAGUAAAGUGGCUCCACUGCAGAUACAUGCAUACAGUUCAGCUGCAACAAUGCCUUCAUAUGACGACUUGCUCCCUGAGCCACUAGUACCAGAUGGUGCCAUAACAACUGUACCAUUAGCUCCCACAACUGCUGGUUCCAUACAGCCAACAUCAGGUGCUUCAAGUGACACAGUGAGUGCUAGUACAGACAAUUCAGUCAUAGGAGGGUGGAGCUUGUGGGGUCUCAUGAGAAGCAGCUGGCAACCUCGUGAUGGACCAGGAUCUCCAAUUCCUGAUGCCACGAAAGGUCACAUCAAGUUACCACACCGUCUUGACUACCUCUUGCGGGAGACAAAUCUGGGUGGCAGUUACUUGUCAGCACUUACAUCUCAUACUGCCUACUGGAGUAACUAUGAUGUUGCUUACUUUGUUUUAACGCGUCUGUUUCCACACCUUGAAGAGGAAGAUGCUGAUUUGGAUCUAGACAGAAUUCCUACAUCGUAUCCAGCAGAAGAGACGUAGUGUUCAAAGAGUCUCGAUGAAGAUGUCCUUGUAGACGUGUGCUGAAAAUCAGCAUGUUACUGUUCCUUUAAUCUGUUAUCUAUUUCUUAAGAUGCAGUCAGGCAGUCUAGCGAUAUUAUUGUGGCCCUAACAUGACACUGGUGAUAUCAGCCGUUGGUUGCCCUACACUAUAAGAGUGUGAUAUUUAUGAUGAUGGUGUGUACAUUCAUGUAAAUAUUUUUUUUAUUGAAGUUAAUGUUCAGUGCUGUGGCCUUUACCUUUACUUCGUACAAUGAACUAAUGACAUUGUAGAUCUGUUGCCACAAUGUAAUAAACAAAGAUCUAAAGCUACUUAAAGAAGAAAAUAUAUGAAAUGGCCUCCAUUAGCAAUUUUUUGUGCAUUAGGUAUUGCACUGCCUAACCAAAUUUACAAGUGUGUUGAACACACAAACAUAACUUAUUUUCAUUGAGUCAUUGUUACUUAGUAUUUAGGAUUUAAUAAGUGGAUCAUGUUUAAAUUAAGAAACUUACAAAGAAUUGAUCUUGUUGCAGCAAUAGUUUCUGGUUAUGACAUCUUAAUUGUGAUCUCAUUAUUUAUGAUGAAUGUAGCACAUGCCUAAAUAUUUUUUUUUCUUAAAUCCCUCAUAUAAAUAUUACUUAAAAUUGCUUGCUUGGAGUUUAUUGAAGCUAUUCUAAGCAAUAUUGAAUGGUUGUUUACUAAGAAUAUGAUGUUAUCUGAAUGCUUAUAAAUGAAAAAUAGGUAUGUUCUAUACUUUGUUGUCUGUUAUGCCAUAUUUAAUGUGAUGUUUCAGCUGGAGAGUACAUUGGUGCUUCAUAAAUUCUGCAUCAGGGUAUGGUGUCAUAGGUUAUAAAUUUGAAUAUAUUUUUGAAAUGUGCAUGUAAAUAUCUGUAAUUUGAAAUUCACUACCAAGUGAACUUUCAUUAUGAUGAUUGACUUAUUAUGUAUGUUCUGAGUCAUUCACAUUUUUAUGUCUGUAUAUAUGUGUAUAAUUAAUUUCAUUUCUUGUUUACUAGACAAGUAAAAGUAUCAUAUAUGAUUUUUUUAAAAUGUCAUAUUAGUUGACGUUAAAUAUUCCAAUUAAAAAACUCUUAAUCACAUAUUACAUUUCAGUUUGAUAUUGGUGACAUGUACCUUCAGUCAUCUUCUGUUUCUCAUAUUAUUUUGUAGAUCAAAGGAUAAUAAGUUAUUUGUUUCUCUUGCCAUAUAAGCAGAUGACGUGAAGAGAUUCUUUUUGCCUCAUUUGUACUGCUUGUCUUCAUGUCUUCAGUUGUACUCAGAUGAUCCUGAAGGGAAUACAUCUGUGUGAUAAGCAGCAAUUUGACAUUUAUGCAGUUGUCUUUCUUAUGAUGCAUAUGUUGCAGUGAAAUCUCUCUUUAUUACAUGUUCUUAAUGAUAAUAUUGUAUGCAUCUUCUCUUUAAAAUCCAAGCAGAUUAAGUUGUUAUUGAUCUUCGUUUGGUUUCAAUGCACACACAGCUUCAAAAGCAUAAAUAUGGAGGGAACAAUACAUGCCAAAUGAAAAAUGUUUUAAAAGUUCUUUGAACAUAACAACUCGAAAUGUAUAUAAGUUAAAUGUAACAAUGUUGAAUUCCUUGCUUGUUAUCCAGUUUCAAGAAUUUCUAGUCCCGAAACUGCUUCAGCACUACUGAGACACCAUUUAUUUAAUUUAAUAAAAAUGAUACUGCAGCUUUUAAGCUCUGUGUUGUUAUACUGCCAAUAAUUGGAAUAUGUACAUGUGUGUAAAGAGUCAUCUGUGAAAUUCAGUGCCUCAAAAAGGCAUGGAAAAACUGUUGUAGAUCUUGUGCAAAUUAAGUUUUGAACUCUGACAAUGAAUGAUUUUCCUUCUAUAUUACACUAUGCAUACAUUAUAAAUUGCUUAGUCAGGUGAAACACUUUUUUGUCAUUACAUAUAUUUCCAAAUAUGGAAGGUUGUUUUAUUUUGAUAUGCAAGCUACAUUUGCACAUAUUUUACUCUUUCCUUUCAGAAAGCUAUUUUGCUGAGAUCCCAUGCUAAAGAGGGAAUUAUAAACUAUUCUAUGCAUUCUUGUUUGUGUGUGAAGAAUCCAUCCAAAAAAACUAAAACUUAAUUCUUAAAAAUUUCGGAACAUAAAAUAAAUAAGGUUAAAUUAGUGCUUCAUAGUAAGUUUAUAUUGUUGGACGUAAAACUUGUGGCCAACAGUUUAAAUAAUUGUUUGCAGUUACAGAGUUGUUAUUGCAGCUCUGCUUCAUCUGUAAAGAUAAAAAUGUGGAUGUCAACAACUACUAAGCAAAAACUUGCACAAAAUUGUCCAAGUGAUGUAAAUCAGUAUUUUAAGGGAUCUAAAAAAAAAAAAAAAAAAAAAAAACA